AUGAGCAUCACUAGUGGUAAUAACUCAAUUUUGAAAACUCUGAGGUUGAAGAAUCCGAAGCUUGUGCUGAUGGAGCGUUGUUCCAAUGUUUGGGACCUUAAAUUGAUCCAUGCCUACAUGCUAAGAACCCAUCUCUUCUUCGAUCUCUUCGCAGUCAGUCGCCUCGUGGCUUUCUGCGUACACUCAUCCAACUUGCUCCAUUACGCCAUCAAGCUCGUGUCCCAAAUUCAAAGUCCCAACCUUUUCAUCUAUAAUGCACUUAUCCGAGGAUGUUCCACCACUCAAAACCCUGAAAAUUCUUUUCACUAUUACAUCAAAGCUCUACGCUUUGGUCUAUUACCUGAUAACAUCACUCACCCUUUUUUGGUUAAGGCCUGUGCCCAGCUUGAGUCUUCAGCUAUGGGCAUGCAAGUGCAUGGUCAUAUCAUUAAGCAUGGAUUUGAACAUGACUGUUACGUUCGAAACUCCCUUGUUCAUAUGUAUGCCACUGUUGGGGACAUAAAGGCUGCAAGGAGUAUUUUUCGGAGGAUGCGUUUGCUAAAUAUAUGCAUAUACUAG